ACAGUCGGUGAAGAAACAGCGGUACGUUAGUGCCAGGUGCCAGGUGCCAGUUGCUAGUGGAAGUGGAGCGAAUUUGCUAGGUCGUCGAUAAUCCCUUUCUCGUUCACAGUCCUUCACGCCGCGGCGACGAUGAGGAAACUCUACCUGUUGAUCGCAGGAUUAUUCUUGCUGGCGGGAUUCGUCCGGGCCGAGGAUGAGCUCGAGGAAAACACCGUGGAGGAUGAUCUCGGCGCCAGCCGUGAGGCAUCGCGAACAGAUCAUGAAGCGAUACAAAGAGAAGAAGAAGCGAUAAAGAUCGAUGGUUUAAAUCCUGCUCAGAUAAAAGAAUUAAGGGAAAAGGCCGAGAAAUUUGCAUUUCAGACCGAGGUCAAUCGCAUGAUGAAACUUAUUAUCAAUUCCCUCUAUCGCAACAAAGAGAUCUAUCUCAGAGAAUUGAUCUCGAACGCAUCUGACGCACUGGACAAAAUCAGAUUGCUGUCGCUCACAGAUAAGAGCGUCCUGGAAACAAAUUCUGAAUUGGCUAUCAGAAUAAAAGCUGACAAGGAGAAUAAAGUAUUGCAUAUAAUGGAUUCCGGUAUCGGCAUGACAAAGCAAGAUCUAGUAAAUAACCUUGGGACCAUCGCAAAGUCUGGCACAGCUGAAUUUCUGGGGAAAAUGCAGGAAGUCACGAGUACUCAGGACAUGAACGAUAUGAUCGGCCAGUUUGGCGUGGGCUUUUAUUCCGCGUACUUGGUUGCGAAUGUCGUUGUCGUUACUACCAAGCAUAAUAAGGAUAAGCAGUACAUUUGGGAAUCUGACAGCUCGAACUAUAGCAUUGUUGAAGAUCCACGGGGAGAUACGUUAAAGAGAGGAACGACUGUAAGCUUACAUUUGAAGGAAGAAGCAUUGGACUUCCUAGAACCAGAUACGAUAAAAAACUUGGUGAAGAAAUAUUCGCAGUUCAUCAAUUUCCCCAUAUAUUUAUGGAACAGCAAAGUUGUCCAAGUCGAUGCGGACGAAGUGGAAGAAGAUAAGCCUGUGAAGAAGGACGCGGAGAAAGAUGAUACCGAGGACAAGGAAGAUGAGGAGGAUGACACUAAAGUGGAAGAGGACGCGGAUGAAAAGAAACCUAAGAAAGUCGACAAAACGGUGUGGGAUUGGGAAUUGUUGAACGAUUCGAAACCAAUUUGGACCCUAAAGCCAAACGAAGUUGACCAACAGGAAUAUAUUGAAUUCUACAAAACACUCACCAAAGAUACGCAGGAACCUCUGGCAAAGACACAUUUCGUUGCGGAGGGUGAAGUCACAUUCAAGUCCGUUCUAUUUAUUCCGAAGGUUCAACCGACCGACAGUUUUAAUCGUUACGGUACCAAGUCCGACAAUAUCAAGUUGUACGUCAGGCGAGUCUUCAUCACUGACAAGUUCACCGACAUGAUGCCAAAUUACCUGUCCUUCAUUCGUGGUAUCGUGGACAGCGAUGAUCUACCGCUCAAUGUUUCGCGCGAGAAUCUUCAGCAACACAAGUUGAUCAAGAUCAUCAAGAAGAAGCUCAUCAGGAAGGUAUUGGACAUGAUCAAGAAGAUGCCCAAAGAGGAUUAUCAGCAAUUCUGGAAGGAAUUUAGCACAAAUAUCAAACUAGGCAUAAUCGAGGACGCUCAGAAUCGUGCUAGACUGUCCAAGAUGUUACAAUUCCACUCGUCGGCGCAGACGGAAAUGACCUCUCUACCCGAAUAUGUCGCCCGCAUGAAGCCCACGCAGCAGCAUAUCUACUACAUUGCCGGUUCGUCCGAGGAAGAAGUGAAGAAAUCGCCAUUUGUCGAACGGCUGGAAAAGAAAGGCUACGAGGUGCUGUAUCUGACAGAGGCGGUGGACGAGUACGCGAUCUCGUCAUUGCCCGAGUUCGAUGGUAAGAAGUUCCAGAAUGUAGCAAAGGAGGGUUUCACGCUAGACGAGGGUGAACGGGCGAAGGAACGAAUGGAGCAAGUGAAGACGACGUUUGAGCCUCUAGUUAAAUGGCUGAAUGACAUCUUGAAGGAUCAUAUCAGCAAGGCGCAAGUGUCCGAACGUCUGACCGAUUCGCCCUGUGCCUUGGUUGCCAGCAUGUACGGCUGGACCGGCAAUAUGGAACGUUUGGCGAUCUCGAACGCACAUCAAAAGACCGAUGAUCCACAGAAAAGCUACUAUUUAAAUCAGAAGAAGAUUUUGGAAAUUAAUCCGAGGCAUCCACUCGUCAGAGAACUGCUACGCAGAGUCGAGGUUGACUCGGCCGAUCAGACAGCCAAAGACAUCACCCUGAUGAUGUUCCGUACGGCAACUUUGCGAUCGGGAUACAUGCUACGGGAGACCGCGAGUUUCGCGGAUAGCGUGGAACAGCUAAUGAGGCGGAGCCUGGGCAUCUCCUUGGACGAGGUACCCGAGGAGGAGGACGCGCAGGACGAUGAAUCGGCAAGCAGCGAGAAGGUGUCGGAUGUCACGGCCGAGGACGAGAAACAGGAAGAAGAGGAGGAAGACGAGGAGCACAAGAACCACGAGGAGUUGUAAUAGAAGAGAGUUAUAAUACAGCGAUACAUUCGAAAAACUUGUGUUUUAGAAGCGUAGCUAUACAAUGUAUAGUUACCUUAAGCUCUCCUAAGCGGCGACCUUCCGUGUCGCCGAGUUUGUAAACACGUUAGAUAUGUACAACUUGAUGAUAUAUGUACGUUACGUCAAUCUGAUAUCGUGCAAAUUUUCGAAAUCGUCAAUGUUAAAAGGAAAGGUAAAACGUAUUUAAAUUCUUUUUCUACAUGAAACGCCCGUAGUCGCAACAUUGUCAUCCCAGACAUCGACGUGUGUCUAUCAUCGAUAUCAGUUAACGUGUAGAUUUCGAGAGAUUUAAAUAUAUAUUAUAUAUAUAUAUAUAUUAUCAUUUCAAUCUUCCAUAUCUUUUUAGUAACGUGAAGAGAGUAUUGACUGAACACGUUACUGACGUAUGGUAUGUUUGUGAUAUGUGUGAAUGUAUUUGUACAUGAAACAUAAAAAUUAUAUUAAAGAAUUAAGUAUAUAUAUCUACUGUA